CAUACAGGUACACGGUGGCACUACUUUCCAAGACAUCGAAAAGAAAGUACAACAAGCCCAACAAAUGGCGAAAGAAAAUUCCAAAAACAACGUGGAAACAAUCUUAUUUUUUGACGAAGUGAACACCACAGAAGCACUUGAUCUUGUGAAGGAGAUCAUGGUGGAUCGACGAUUAAAUGGACGUCCUCUUGAUUCACAAGAUGAUGGUUUACGCUUCAUUGCGGCCUGUAACCCUUAUCGAAGACACACAGAUACAAUGAUUAAGAAGCUGGAAUCUGCUGGACUUGGUUACAGUGUCAAGACAGGAAACACAACAGAACGAAUCGGUUGCAUUCCUCUACGUCACCUGGUUUACCGUGUUCAUGCUUUGCCCGACAGCAUGAGAUCUUUGAUCUGGGAUUUUGGUCAACUCAAACCUGAUGUGGAGCUACUUUAUACCAGGCAGAUCGUCUUGCGACAUGUGAUAACAGAAGAACGUAUUCCUGGUGAUGAAUCCCUAGUGGACGCCAUUACAGCAGUACUAGCUGCAUCCCAACAAUACAUGAGAGAACAAUCAGACGAGUGCAGCUUUGUUAGUCUUCGUGAUGUGGAGCGUACGAUGAAUGUAAUGGUGUGGUUCUACGAACAUCGAGAAGUUUUUCAAAAAAUCGCAAAAGAAGAAGUCAACGACACUUAUGGAGGGACUGAUAGCGAGGACAACUCUGACGAUGAGGAAAAUCCUGAUUAUGAUGAUGGUGAUGAUGGUAGUGAUGAUAGUGAUGAUGGGGAGGAGGAGGAGGAGGAGGACGAUGAUCAUGAGGAUGAGAGCGAUAGCGAUAGCGAUGGGCACGUCAAAGAAAAUAGAAACCAAGAUGAGGAACAAACAUCAAGAGAAAACGAAAAACCAUGGCCAAUUUUUUUGUUUUCUGGCUUAAGGAGAAGUAAAGUCAGUCAGCAAGAGUACCCUGCUGAAUUAGAACCCAUUCCAUCGGGAUCUAGUAGAAGCUUUCAACCCACCUUUUCUGCUGUUGGAAAUGAGCAUCUCCCAGAGAGGCCAUUCCUCUUUGAUGAAAUACAAGACAUGCCUAUUUUCAUCGAGGAGGAAGAAGAAGACUUGGAUGACCCCACGAAGGACCUUGAUCCAGUCACGUGGUCUCUUAUCCUAGCCAUUGGUGUUUGCUAUCACGCAAAGCUACAAGACAGAACACAAUAUCGUCAGGACAUAGCAAAAACCUUCAAACGUCCAUGUCUUUUGUAUGGUGGUGCAGACAGAAUACUGCAAGAACUUUCACGUUGCCAGAAAGCAGUGCUAAAAGAACUUGAUCCAGGUCCAAACAUCGCUUGCAACACAGCCCUCAGUGAGAACGUGUUCAUGAUGGUGGUUUGUAUCGAGCUUCGUAUCCCUUUGUUUGUCAUCGGUAAACCAGGCAGCUCCAAAUCACUCGCCAAGACAGUUGUGGCUGACAGCAUGCAAGGAGAUGCGUCCAGGUCCAAGCUUUUCAAGUCUUUCAAAGAGGUAACUUUAAUGUCGCACCAGUGCAGUCCUCUGUCCACCCCUGAAGGGAUACAGGAGACAUUCAGACAGUGUGCAAACAUACAGAAAGAUAAAAACCCAGAGACGUUUGCAUCAGUGGUAGUACUAGACGAGGUUGGCUUGGCUGAAGAUUCACCUUUGAUGCCACUGAAGACACUUCACCCGUUACUGGAGGAUGGCGUGACGUCAUCUGAUGACAUCAUCGAGACAGACGAAAAACCAACUCGAGUUGCCUUUAUUGGGCUAUCUAACUGGGCACUAGACCCUGCCAAGAUGAACCGAGGGAUCAUGCUGUCACGUGACGUUCCGAAUGAAAGGGAACUGGAAGACAGUGCAAUGGGGAUUUGCGCAAGCAAUGAAGAGGUACAAGAACUAAUGAAACCCAUCAUCCCAGCACUAGCAGCGGCUUACUCAGACCUAUACCAAAAGCAGAAAGAAAUCAAAGUACUGACAACUGCAAAUAAGGACGAAUUCUUCGGACUGAGGGAUUUUUACAGUCUGAUAAAAUUGUUGCGCGUCAUCGCUGAGAAGAAACGUCUUGUCCCUGAUUGGAGGGAUGUAGAAUAUGCUGUAAGACGUAACUUUGGUGGACUUGAUGUCGAUGAGCUGAAACCAGUAGACAUCUUUAUGGAGCAUCUUGGUAUCGAUGACCACGUUAGAAGGGAAGAAAAUGAUCAGGCAAGAGACGUUAGUCCUUUAAAACUCAUCGAGUCCAGCCUGGAAAAAGAUUCUUCGGAAAAAGAUAGUCGUUACCUGCUCAUUCUGACGGAGAACCAUGCUGCUCUUGCUAUUGUUGAACAACAUCUAAAACAGAUGCAAGACAGAAAACAAGAUCAUCUCGAUGCUGUGUUGAUCUUCGGCAGCAGUUUCCCUAAGGACCUUGAAUAUACCCAGGUUUGUCGAAACAUCAAUGAUAUUAAAGUAUGUAUGGAAACUGGUCGCACCGUUAUUCUGCUGAAUAUGGAAAGUCUUUACGAGAGCUUGUACGAUGCUUUGAAUCAGUAUUACAUAGAAUUCGCAGGCAACCGUUAUGUUGACCUUGGCUUAGGAACACACCGUCUCAAGUGCAGAGUACACAAGGACUUCAGGCUCAUCGUAAUAGCCGAGAAGGACACGGUGUACAAAAAGUUUCCAAUCCCAUUGAUAAACAGACUGGAGAAACAUUUCCUUCUUUGGUCCACAAGCCUCACAAAACCACAAGAGGAAUUGGUCGCAACGCUUAAAGGUUGGGUUCAACGUUUCUCGAGCAUCGAACUACCAGGCUACAUAAGAAAUAAAAAGAAAUUCACAGAAGAUGACGCGUUUGUUGGUUACCAUGACGACACCAUUCCUACAGUAGUCUUGCAAGUUUGCAGUCAACUUCGACAAGAUGGAACAACAGUUGAUGAAGGAAACAAAGAUCAAUGGGAAGAGGAGGUGCUGAUGCAGUGCAAGAGACGGCUUGUGCAGUGCUGUCUACCAGAUGCCAUUGUCAGGUUACAUUACAGUAAACUACAACACGAAGCAGAUAAGCUGUGGGAUCUGUACUUCAAGCAGCAACAACAUUCCAGCUUAGCAUCGUUUCUGUCCAGUGUAGACAAUACAGAUCACCAAGAUGGUCUCUUGAUCCAGGUGUCGACCCACUCCAAGCUUCUUUCGGAACAGAGCCUGAAAGAGAUAGGACGAUCGCUUAAUCUACACCAUCAGGCCAUAUCCUGUAUCACACUGCAACAAUUCCAAACAGAACAACAGUUCUGUAAUAGUGUAGGGAACUUCUUUGCGAAGCAAGGAGGGGGAGAGUGUCUUUUGAUUGUCCAGUGCAGUACAGAAGAUUUGACAUUCAACUUGUUGGCUUGUGCUCGACAUCAUCUCCUGAAGCAGCGUUCCAAAAUCACAGAAGAAAUUCACGAAGAUGUUGAACCGACUCACAUCAUUGUCAUCAUUCAGCUUCCCAAGAUGUUUGGUCGCUAUCCCAACUUUGUUGGUUUCCAGGGGCAACGAUGGGAGUCUGUUCACAUUGACGAACUUUUCACGCCCUCUUUUUAUGUCCCUUCCUUUGAAAACGUUAAAGACCAUUCUCUAAGUGACCUCUUUGCAGCAUCUAUUGACAUGUGUUUUUCGAAGACUGAUGAAGAGGAACAAGUGUUAGAUGCUGUUGAUGUGCUAAGGCAGUCUGUGCAGGCAGCCGCGGGACGCAUUGAAGAUGGACCACAAACAGUCGCUAGGGCAACCAAGAGAAUUGUGAUAUUGUUAAGUUUGCUCAACAAGGACAAAAGUGAAGAACUCGAUGAAAACUCCUUCUCGCAUGUCCUUCUUCGUCGUGUGCACCAUCUUCUAAAAGAAAAGGACGCAUCGGCCCCAAAAGAAGGAGCAAAUUGGUCCACAUCAGAAUCUCUCGAGUCUUCUGAGCUCCAAGUAUGUGGGACGUACAGGAAAGCAUUAUGGCGUCGAAUCCAGAACGCGGUUGUUCCAAUACUAUCCGAGAUGAUCGCGUACAUGGAUAGAGAUGGGAAUCUAGAAUUACUACAGACAGAUGUACCCUGGAUUAAAGACCUAUGGCUAAAGAUCUUUGCAGAUGAUAAACUGGCUCAACUCAACUAUGAUUCAUUUCUAACAAACGAUGAUGAAAGGCGACUCAAAAAUCACGUGCCCGUGACGUCAUCUGGACGAGAUUCGCAUUGGUUUCAAUGCCGGCUUCCAUUCUCGUGGCUGUUGAAAGAAAACAUCGAAAGUAUUUGGCUCCAGGCAAAGAGCGUGUCAGAAAACUCCAAUGAACACAGCAUCCAAGAAUGCUUUCAAAGAUUUGUCGCGCACUCAGACAUUGCUGAUGAGAUACAUGUCAUCGAGAAGAACCAGGAUGCUAUGGAGAGAUACAUCCACGACUUCGUACACAUGAACUGUAAACCUGUGGAGCAAGGAGAAGACGAGCUAAUUGCACGAGCUCUAGUCGUGGAAGCAAAACACCAGCAUGCCCUAUCGGCUUCACAUGACAACGAUUUCGAGUUCCCUAACAUCUCUCUUGUUCACAAGGCUUAUUCUUACAUCGAGCAUCGAAUAGCUUGCUUCAGUCAACUUGUACAAUGCAUUCCUCGUAUUGUACCUCAGCUUCUUGAUGUAUUCACCCUAGACGAAAACGAAACGAUCUUGGAUGUCAUGGCCCUUCAAAUGUGCUUGGAAAACCUAGAACCACUGGAAAAGAGCUUUAACAAUUCCGGUGAAGCAAAAAAAUGGUGUGAUGACGUGAUUGCUGUAAGAGCUACAGCAGAGAGGACAUUCAAUAACACCGAACCAAACCAACUGGAAGAUGAAGAGAAAAGAAUGAGAAUCAUUGAUUGCUGUAGACCACUGUGGGAGCGUUUAACAGCUGUUCGUCUCUUCAUCGAACAUGUAUAUCCCUCAAAGAAGAAAGGCAGAAAACCAGACCCUGAGAACAUUAUCAAGUUGUGCAAGGUUCUGGAUGACAAGACAGACUUCUCGAGAGCAAGUUCGAUUGAAGCAGUUGAACUCUUUCUGUUUGAAUGCAUCAAAAGCUUCAAAAAGUCCUCAAUUCAGGCAGUAAAUGAGUUCCGUCAUCACUGUAACUCGUUCUUUAUGGAGCUCAUAUCUCUCCUGUGUUUUGGUAGCGAAGCUCAACGGAAGUCUUUGGACCCGGAAGUAUUUGAGAUAUCCAUGAGGUACAUAACCGGAACCAGUUCAUCGCAAGCCACAAAGAGUUUUUCUCCAUUUCCUGAUUUUGAGGUCGACAAAACUCCUAUCGUGAGGUCAUUUCUGCUACAGCAGCUGCUGACCAUCAGUUUAGUUGAAGUCAGAAAGUAUCUUCAGCGGUAUCUCUCUGAUGCACAGGCGCUGUCGCCAGAUCGACAUCACGUGACACGAGUAUGCCAGCUUGUUGUGGAUUGUAUUGAGGACUCGACCUCGUCAACAUUAUCACAGGGGGAGCUUCCUACCUCGAUCUUGAUUGGGUUAGCAACAUCAAUGAUCGCAAAAGGAAGUAACGCAUUGCGCAAAGUAAAGCACUCAGACACCCUAGGUAUCGAGGCCCUGGAGGCAAUAGCAAGAGUGCGCCACGCCUUGGGUCUGACUGCCGAGCUACUGUUCAAGAGCCAUGUGGCCAGUGACGAAAAGUUGCAAGAACCUGAAGUGAAAUCUGAGUUUGAUAAACUUUUGAAUGUUGUUCAAGGGAUGUGUGAUCAAGCCCCUCUUGUGUACUUGAUGAAACAAUUGACAAGGCGAUACGGAGCAUCGGUUAUUAAAGACUUGACGCAGGAUCCAGAGAUGUCUUGGUUGAUUCCUCGUGAAUUUGAAAAGAGAGAGACCGAUACUUCUUUGGAUGCCGAUCAGUUUGUAGUUCAUAAUAAGGAAUACACUAGUGUUCGGGAUGCUCUUGCAAGGGGAUUAUUGUCUGGGAGUGUAGACGAAUUAUCUACUUUAACACAGAUCGAUGGUUCAGAUAUGAUGAGCUCUAACACAAAGAUGAACGUCUUCUUUCUGCUGUCCAUUUACAGAGAAAUCACGUGUGCUUACCGCGAACCAAGACAACAACUCCAGGAGUAUGCAGAACUACGCAAAUUUUUUGACGACCACCUGUCUCAAGAGGCUCGUCCACUGGCCGUUCAACUUCUAGACAACUCUCACGGUAUGGGAUUUACAGCUCUGUCUGUUCAACCAGCUCAGCCACGUGACACCAUCAAACUAGCUGAACUCGUUGUUCAUACUAUGGUUGUGCUACAAUGCUCAAACGACAGCGAUGUUACGAGUACUCUGAGGUCAUUGCUUAUGAAUCCAGACUACAUGAAGAAUUCGUUCCUUCCAACAAUGCCUGAAGACGAUUUCCAACAUGUUAGCAUGGGACUCGCAGAGAAGGUCACGUGGCAUGUAUGCCCAGAAGGCCAUCGCUACUCUAUCGGAGAUUGCGGUAAAGCAAACCAGAAAUCGGUCUGUCCUGAGUGUAAGUCAGAUAUUGGAGGGACAGGUUACAAACUGCUACAGGGAAAUGCACCAUUAACUGAUCAAAACGCGGAUCGAUCGAAUCGUGGCCAUAUUCUUGGUAAUGUCAAUAUGGAUCAACUUUUGGGUGCGGUGCAGCCUGGACGAAACCUCUCGCCUGCUGUCGUUCAUCUUAUUCGCCUGAUUAUGCAUUCAGCAAUGUUAGUAGGAGCCUGCCGACAUCCUCAGGAAUCCUGUCAGAUCUUCUCGCCUCCCGUAGAGCCUGAAAGACUGAACCAGUUUCUCUGGGCACAUUUGACACGUGAUUUGCGUGGCCUAGCAGCAGCCUUGAACCGUAAUGAAGACGAGGCUUUGUUAACAGUGCACUUGGUGUUGGCCCAAAUCACAAGAAGCACGUUACAUGACUACGCAUUUCACUUUGGAACCGGCGUUCUUGAUUCAUCUAGAGCUCGCAGGCAGUGGGAAGAGAAAUUCACUUCAAGGUUCAUACAACCUGUUCUCUCGACUCUUGAUGGACGAAUACAGGCCUGUUUUGACACCAUGACGAAUGACAGUCGUGUAGGCACUGAUCCUCUCAUGAGAGAGAUCUAUGAAGUGGACAACUCUGAUACAGAGCAGGAAGAGGAGGAGGAAGAAGAACGGUUAAGCCCCAUGAACAGAUGCUUUUGGCGAUACAGACCACCCAUUACUGUAGAACAUGCCAAGCAGAGAUUCUCAGAAAAGAUGAAUUCUGAUAAAAAGAUUCAAAAGUGCAAAGUACUGCAGCAUUUCUUCAAAGAGGAGUAUCGUCUUCGUGUUGUUCGUUAUCUCCCAAAUAUCAACAAGUUGCACAAGCUGCUAACAGAUCGAUUCUACCAACGAAUCAACCAGAAACAUGCAUCAGAAAUGACCGUCAAAGAUUUUGAAAUAAAAUUGAAAGCCUUGGAGAAGAAAGAAUUUAUGACACUUUUAGGUAGCUUUAAAGCUGCCUGGAUGAUGGUACGAGCGCGUCUGGACAAACAAGGUCGCUAUAAGCUGUCAAGUACAGAGUGCAGCAUGACAAUUGAUGACAACAGUCCCAUGUCCAUCCUCAUUCCCUCUACGGAUGGUCUGGGUCGAUGUUCCCUCGCACUUGUGUUUUACCUUGUCACUGCCCAUAAUGAGUUCAUGGAGACAUAUUUCAACAUUACCGAGGGUAAAGCAAGACAAGAUAACAAGAUAAGACUAUCAGAGGUGACGUUUUCCCAGCUUGUGUCGUACGAUGCUGAUCGUGAUCUGCUUCCUCUCAUACAAGCACAUUGUCAUUAUUCGCUUGAAGUUGGUCAAGGUACGUUAGUCGAGUAUGAUUGGACAGCCAUUCAAAGACAACUGAUUGACAGGUUCAUUCGAGGGAAACAUUUGGUUGAGUUUGAGGAACCGAAAUUUGUUUUCCUCAGAAACAAUGAUGCGGAUAUGUUCACUGCCAUAAGAAACAAGAUAGAACAGGAAAACAUUUCUUCCAUAUUGGCCAGAACUAUCAUGAGUGAAUUACGCCACUUAAAUGAAGUAUGUGACGUCAAACACUCCCUUGAGAUAGCUAUGGGGUUUCUGGCAUCAAGUGGUGGAAGUCCUAAACAGUUGAUUAGUGAAUAUCUACAUGAUGUGUUGUGCAUGCCCAGUGAAAAGGGUCUUAGUAGCCACAGGGCGGAACAAUGUUGUCAUUUGAAACACAUCGUUCAUCUUUGGCAGCUCGUUACAACCCAGAGAGCAAAGAUUUUGCUACGAGACCAUCAGGAUCCAUUUGAUGAGGUGCAAGAGUGCUUCAAGGAGGAAAUACCAAGAUCUGUACUGCUUAAUCUGAAUUUCUUCCUACGAAACAUUGAUUGUAGUAGGUUUUGCGGAGAACUCCUUGAGAUGAUAACAUUCAGGCUAAACAAAGAAAAUGAGGAACACUUUGACAUCAGCCUCAAAGAGUUUUUUGAAUGGCACAUGGAUAAUCGUGAAGCAACUGAUGUGUCUGAUCUACCAGAUGACCUGCUCCUCAAACAUUCUAUUAAAACAUGGGAGAACGUUCUUGAUAAAAGCGAAGUGCGCCGCUUAUCAAAACGUUAAGAACCCCAAAGUAAGACUUUACUGUGAGUAAACAAUACUUGGACAAUUUCACAAUUUCAAUCAAUCAAGUUCUACAAAUAAUCCAUUGCAAAUACACUGCGGAUAGUAAAAAAACUAAUGUUUUGUCUUUAACUUCUGAUGAACUAUCAAUUGAAUAAUGCGUUACAUAAAAUUCCCGGUAAUUAAGGGGUAAGGGGGACGGAAGUGGAAAUUUUUACUUCCGUUCUGUUUCUAGUUUUAGCUUUCUCGCACGAUUUUUUCUUUGUGCGCUCGUAGUCAGUUAACAUUAAUUUAAUUGAAUAACGAUCCUUUACUUAGAAAUCAUCUUUAACUUCAAACCAAAGUAGAUUUGUGGUGUGAUGGAAUCUUAGGUAGUUGAGAGAUUAAGGGGUUUUAGUUAUUAAUUUGCCGCAUUUAAACCGCUGUUUAUCAGCACCGCAUUCUGAUAAAGACAAUAAAAUAUGCUUGAUAUUGUUA